AUUCCAAGUCUGCGGUUGAAUUGAACGGGUCGGUUCCGGUGUUUGUUGCUCGUGUUCUCGUUCACGUUCUAUAUGCUGGUCGAUCGGAUCGGUACGAUUCUGAAACGGACCAGACCCGUCGCUGGAUGCGAAAAUUCGUGUUAAUUGAAAUUCAACGGAAACUUGUGCCUGUGUCUCUGUGUGUGAAACGAAGAUUUAUUUUGUGCAGUGUCUGUGCUACUCGCAUUUGAGAAAUGAUAAUCCACUAAACGGAAACCCGCAAGAAUAUCGAAUACGAUCAAUGAGUUUAAGGAUUACCUUUUCAUCUUGAGCACAACGCUUAUUAAAUGGGAUUAUACCACACAACUAGGAUCACCUAAGCAUGGAGCUGCGUUGCCUGCUACUAAACAUUGUCUUCAUAUCCGUUGUGAACGCGAUGCUGGCCUUUGGCUUUGUCAAUCAGGAUGAGGGCCGUCGAUGUACGUAUGGUCGCAUCGAGAAGCUGAUGCGUAUACGCUGCCACGAUAUGGACCUCAAGGAGGUGCCACAGAACCUUAAGAGCUCCGUUGAGGUGCUGGACUUAUCAUACAAUCGCAUUAGGAAGCUGAGAAGUGGCUCGUUUCAGCGCUACACCGAUGUGAAGUUUCUAAUGCUGUAUGAGAAUAUGAUUUUAUCGGUGGAGCCGGGCACAUUUGAGCCACUCACCGCACUGCAGGAAGUCGAUCUAUCGAAUAAUGGGUUAACCACAAUUCCCAUGGAGCUGUUCCAACUGCCAAAGCUGCGCAAUCUCUACAUGGACAGCAACGAUCUGAGGGAGCUGCAUCAAGAUCUGGCACUGCUGGAGACGCCAAUAAGGGCGCCAAUCGAAUACCUGAAUGUGGCCAAUUGUGAGCUACACGAUAUACCCGAUCUGGGCAUAUUGCCAAAUCUGUGGCAGCUGAAUGCUUCGUCGAAUCCAUUGAGCAACUUCGACAUGAACAAAUUAGGCAAUUUGUGCCAUUUAAGAGUCAUCGAUCUGACCAAAACACAGAUCAGUCCAUGCAGCUGCCAGCAAGUCACCAAUCACCUCAGCGCAUUGGGCGCCAGUCCACAAUUUGUGCCCGUUUGCAUGGCAGAGGCGCUAGACAGCAACGCGUGUCCACUGAACUACAAUCGCACCGUGGACUCGCCGACAUUCCACAGUUGCCUGACCAGCGCGGAGUUGGCCGAGACGCGCGGCUUUUGGCUAUUUGCCGCCGGCUGCUUUGGCGGCAGUUUGCUCGUGCUGCUAGUAUUUUGCUACUGCAUCCACAGAUGGCGCAAGAAGCGCAGAAAUCGUCGCCUUAGCCAAGCGGCACAGAAUCGCAAGCAUUUCGUCAUCUCGCCACGCAAUGCCACAAAUAAUCGGCUGGAGGAUCAACCCCUGCACUGUGAUACUGCCUGAUCAUAACCAUAACACAUACUAUCACUUAGUUUUAUAAGCAUUGACUAAUUUAUUAGCCUAGCUUUAGUUUGCUUUACUUAAACACUUAGCUGUAGUCUUGACUUCCUACCGAAUUGCCAUAAAUAAUUACCAAAAAAUAUAAAGUGCCUUGCUCAUGCACUACUUACAAGUAUAUGUGCUAGUUUUAGUUAGUUUAACUUGAACUAAUCGAUAAGUUACCUAAGCAUAAGUCAGCGAACCAUCCAAAAAAAUAUAUACAAAGAUGACAAUAAUUUUAAAUACAAAUCUUAGUUAACAAUGUCUA